CUUCCCUUGACGGUCUCCGCUGUUUCGUACAACUACACACUGCAAGAUACGUAUGCUGGCACCAACUUCUACGACGGCUUCAACUUCUUCACCGACCCGGACCCGACUCAUGGUUUCGUUCAAUACGUAGACAAGCCCACAGCCAUCAGCAGCGGUAUCCUUGGCUAUGGUGCAGGCAACACUGCCAAGUGGGGUGUAGAUGACAGCACAGUGCUCUACACCAAUUCUUCCAUCGGCCGUCAAUCAGUACGCCUCGAAGGCAACGUCAACUACAACCACGGUCUCUUCCUUGCAGAUAUCAAACACAUGCCCGGAUCCAUCUGCGGAGUAUGGCCUGCCUUCUGGACUCUCGGUGACUCCAAUUGGCCCGCUCACGGCGAGCUCGAUAUCAUCGAAGGCGUCAACACCUUCACCACCAACCAAAUCGCCGCCCACACUGCCCCAAACUGCACAAUGAAGUUUCAAAACCAGACUGGUUGGGUCAAUGGAAACGAUUGCGCUGUCAGCACCGGAGGAGCAGCUGGUUGCGCUACGGGUACCAAUGACCAAACCGGCUAUGGCGACGGCUUCAAUGCCAACGGCGGCGGUGUAUAUGCAAUGCAGUGGACCUCCGAAUUCAUGAAAGUGUGGUUCUUCCCUCGCAACGCCAUCCCUGCCUCCAUCUCCUCUGGCUCCCCUUCGCCAGCCCUUGACUUUGGCACUCCCGUCGGCAAUUUCGAUGGUUCAAGCUGCGAUAUUGACUCUCACUUUAUCAACCAUCGCAUGAUCUUCGACACUACGUUCUGUGGCGAUUGGGCGGGAAGUGUGUAUUCUGCUACCUCUUGUCCUAUGGCUGGUGAUGGUGGGAAUGGGUGUGUUGCGUAUGUGGCUGGCAAUCCUGGUGCUUUCAAGGAGGCUUAUUGGGAAGUCAACUACAUCAAGGUGUUUUCGGAG